CCCUUGUACAAGGACACUUCCAUCAGCUGCCGCCGCCCGAACCGAGCAGUAACAAUGCCCGAUAGUUCUGCGCCCAAAGCUGUCGCCUCAGUGGCCGGAGGGAGCGGCGCGGGGAAGAAGAAAGGAGCCUAUCAGGACAGGGACAAACCGGCGCAGAUUCGCUUCAGUAACAUCUCCGCGGGCAAAGCGGUGGCUGAUGCCGUCAGGACCAGUCUGGGACCAAAGGGAAUGGACAAAAUGAUUCAGGAUGGAAAAGGAGAUGUGACUAUUACAAAUGAUGGUGCAACUAUUCUGAAACAGAUGCAGGUUCUGCACCCAGCAGCCAAAAUGCUUGUUGAGUUAUCUAAAGCUCAAGACAUUGAAGCAGGAGAUGGAACAACGUCCGUUGUAGUUAUUGCUGGAGCCCUGCUCGAUGCAUGUGCCAAGCUGCUGCAGAAAGGAAUCCAUCCCACCACCAUUUCAGAAUCCUUCCAGUUGGCCUCAGAAAAGGCUAUAGAAGUUCUCACUAGUAUGUCCCAGUCUGUUGAAUUAAGUGACCAAGAUACACUACUAAACAGUGCAACAACCUCCCUGAACUCAAAGGUUGUGUCCCAGUACUCAAGUUUACUUGCUCCAAUGAGUGUGGAUGCCGUAAUGAAGGUUAUUGAUCCGCAGACGGCCAACAGUGUGGAUCUUAGAGAUAUCAAAAUUGUCAAGAAACUUGGAGGAACCAUUGAUGAUUGUGAAUUGGUUGAUGGCCUUGUCCUCACUCAGAAAGUUGCAAAUACUGGAGUAACCCGGGUUGAGAAAGCCAAGAUUGGGCUGAUUCAGUUCUGUUUGUCGGCACCAAAAACUGAUAUGGACAAUCAGAUUGUGGUUUCAGACUAUGCUCAGAUGGACAGAGUUCUGCGCGAGGAACGAACUUACAUCCUUAACCUGGUGAAACAAAUCAAGAAAGCGGGUUGCAAUGUUCUUCUCAUUCAGAAGUCGAUUUUAAGGGAUGCUCUAAGUGAUCUCGCUUUACACUUUCUGAAUAAGAUGAAAAUAAUGGUGGUGAAAGAGAUUGAGAGAGAAGAUAUUGAAUUCAUAUGUAAGACAAUAGGAACCAAACCAGUUGCACACAUAGACCAGUUUACAGCUGAUAUGCUGGCAUCCGCUGAACUUGCUGAAGAAGUUAGUCUGAAUGGUUCUGGGAAACUAGUUAAGAUAACUGGUUGUGCCAACCCUGGUAAAACUGUUACAAUAGUAGUGCGCGGUUCCAACAAAUUGGUCAUUGAGGAAGCCGAGCGUUCCAUUCAUGAUGCCCUGUGCGUUAUACGCUGCUUAGUCAAGAAGAGAGCUCUGAUUGCUGGAGGUGGUGCCCCUGAGAUUGAACUCUCCCUGCGUUUGAAUGAAUAUGCCCGAGCACUGAGCGGCAUGGAGUCCUACUGUAUUCGAGCCUUUGCAGAUGCCUUGGAGAUUAUUCCUUUCACACUGGCUGAAAAUGCUGGACUCAACCCCAUAUCAACUGUAACAGAACUGAGAAACAGACAUGCGCAGGGUGAAAAAACUGCCGGAAUCAACGUCAGAAAGGGAGGAAUUUCCAAUAUUUUGGAAGAACUUGUUGUCCAGCCCUUGUUGGUAUCUAUCAGCUCUCUAACGCUGGCUACAGAGACUGUGCGCAGUAUUCUUAAGAUUGAUGAUGUGGUGAACACUCGAUAAACUCCGCAAUGAAUUGCUGUUUGGCUUUUUUGAAAAACUGAGCUAAGGAAACCACGGUGGAGAUCAAAGCUGGCUGCGUUGUUCAACUACUUGUCAGCACUUAAUUUAAUAAAAUUGUGACUGUAAUGAC